AUGACGUCCAGGAAGAGCGUGUCGUCCUUACCGACUCCUAAUCCUGAUCCGAAACUCAAAUCGAGAACGGACGCCCUCACAACCGAGUUUCAGUAUUACGGAGCUGCGAUCCGUAACCUGGCGCCCGCCCUAACCAACAUGCAAGAUAGAAGCCGGGUUCUUUUAUGGGUAAACAAACUCUUUGGCGCCGAGUAUCACGUCGAAGUGCUCAGGGAUAAACGAAACAGAUACCUAGCUGCGAUAACUGUGAAUUUGAUAAACGACGAAUUGACCGGCGUCUUCGACGAUGAUCCACCGGUAGGCGCUACCAGAGACAUGGCAACGAUGUCAGUGAUAAAUGCCCCCUAUGCGGAAUGGGAGUUGGACACAACCUGGUCUGAAUACGUGGCUGCGUUACCAGACAAUUACGAUGAGAUACCGUGCAGUUUCCACAAGCCUGGAGAAGAGUGUCUUAAGGAUGAGGUUGAAAUGGACGAACAACUCGAUAACGAAUUCUGGUUUCUGAUGUAUCAAAUUCGGCCAUAUGCUGCCCUGAUGCCAUGUAGAGAUGCGCGAACGAAAGUUGCUGCCUGGAUUCAAACUCUGUGCAGACUUGGUUGCAAAAAGUGCGGUCGAAUGAAAGGGCUGCGAAACGACUAUGCCUAUGCGUUGUACGGAUACGUUCACGAUCUACGCGUGGCUGGACCAUUCCAAGAUUUUCCACCUUGGAAAGAUUUGAAGUCUCUUCCCGAAGCUGCAAAGCUCGCGGCUAAAAGACACCCGUUGACAUCGCCCUACAGCGAAGAAGCCGACAAUUUUAUGUACGCUCAGCCAACCCCGGAAGAAGGCGCAUUUUGCUACAUUGCGGUUACCGGCGAAUUCCUAAACACCGAAUCACUGUUGCCUCCAUAG